AUGGCUCCACAUAUAGCAGCAUACAACAGGUCAACCAGCGUUUCAAUUGUUUUUGUAAAGUAUUCUCUCAACUUUCAAAAGCUUUCCUUCGCGUUUCAUAUAAUUUUCUCAAAAGAUUUCCCAAUUUCACUCGCAAUCCUAACUUUACCCAAAAUUAAUUAGCAAUCUAAUAUUAUCUAAUACUAGACGUCUAACCCGAAUACGGAAACCUAAAUAAAAAAUAAAAAAUCUCAAACUGUUUUUUAUCUCACGUGAGUACUUAAUCAAGUGAAAUCGUCAAAAAUCAAACACUUACAUGUCACUUUACAUAGACACUGAUCUGCAUUAUCUGGAGUGUGUGUAUAUAUAUAUAGGUAUAAAUUUCGUUUAUUUAAAUUUCAUGCGUUAUACUUUUUGAUAUUUAUCGUCUAUUUUUUUUUUUGAAUAUAUAUUUUGAAUAUCGACCGAUAGUGUGCAUCGAUGAACCUGAGCACGGCACAUAAGAAUGCCUGAUAAUAUAUUAUUAUUGCGCGGGCGCGGGUCAAUAAUCGGGCACGUUGCCUGGCGACGGUGCUCCUGCUCUCUCUCAGCGUCCGGAAUUUCUUCUUCAGCAACUAGUCCUGCAGCUGCGAGCUGCAACGCGCAGAAGUCCAGCAACCUUCAAUACAUCGCCAUCGGAUCGGUUUCAUCUACUCUGGCUUAAACACUCGCCGCUCCUUGGUAAGUAAGUCGAGCCACUUUCCGUUCGAACUUUGUUCGUUCUCGCUCGGCUCGAGUUCGAGCACUUUCCGUUCGAACUUUGUUCGUUCUCGGUCGGUUCUUCGCCAGACAUCUGCUUUCGUUCUCGGUGAGCCCCGUUAUCGGAGUUUUAUUGUCUCCUCUCCACGGACUCAAAGUUCAGUAUUUCAAAACCAAAUUUAUAACCUUCGUCGCCUUUCCCACUGAUCUCUCCGUCGAGUUUCGCAAACUGGCGUCCGUUAGUUUCUCCUCUUUAUCGACCGAUUGGCAAAUAUUGCACUUUAAAACGAUAGCGAGUAUUUAAAAACGUACGAAGAAGAGGUAAUUUCAACAAGAAGAUACUCCUGUUAUCGUCACGUCGUAUUUUCAUUUUCAGUUCGACGGUCGUUCGCCAGUUAUGCGAAGGAAAAGCAGACAAUUAGCGAACUCGCAGCUCUGUGCAGAUGACAAAAGUGAAUGUGACGAACACGAUAAACUGAUAUUUCCAAGAUGUACGAUGGAAAGAUUGUGUAUGGUAUUGGACAUCGUUGAGGAACGAGGACUGGCCGACAUCGACAUAAAAUGGGGAGAUCCUAUGGAAUGCCAUUUCCCAUUAAUUCACGGAAUGAAGGCCCCCUCGUUACCAUGGAUGAUACUAAUUUACACGAUAAUGUGGAUAGGCGCCUUUGGCAUCAUGCUGGGCUCGCGGUUCAAACUAGCUUGCGCCUGUUUCGCAAUUCCGUAUUGGUACAUCUUUUUCCUGGAUAAAAGUUACUGGAACAACCAUACCUAUCUGUAUGGGAUCGUUGCUAUUCUCUUCUGGGGUACGGAGGCUAACAAUGCGUUGGAUGCUACGAAGAUGAAAGGAACCGAGAGGACCGUGCCAUUGUGGAACUAUUUCAUUCUAAAGUUUCAAUUUUUUGCGCUGUACUUUAUAGCUGGAUUGAAAAAAUUCAGCGUAGAAUGGCUGUCAGGGUAUGCCAUGAUGAACUUAUCGCGACAUUGGAUCUUUAGCCCAUUCAAAUUAUUUUUGACCAUGAAACAGACUGAUUUUUUCAUAGUUCACUGGUUUGCAUUUAUCUUUGACCUCACGGUUGGAUUUUGGAUGCUGUUCGAUAAAACUCGUAUCCCUGCGAUGGUCUUUUGUACAGCUUUCCACUUAAUGAAUUCCAGAUUGUUCAACAUCGGUAAGUAAAUCCGUCUUUAUGACAAUUUCGUCGAGACGAAGACAGUGGAACUCCUUCGAUGAAUUUGUCGGGAGAGAUAAAUAAUUUAUAUAACUAUAAUAUAAUAGGAAUACUCGCUCACUCUUCUCAUUAUCUAUAA